GGAAUAGAAGGGUUAGAGUGUUUUGAUUCAGAAUAAAAACUCGAAUGGCAGCCAAAUCACCUGUGCCCUAGUUUUAAUCAUCAAUUUUACAAGUUAAUUAUAAUCAGAUGCGAUCCAAAAAAUGGCACUUAGAACGGAAGUGAUAAACUUGUACAAAACCUUGCUGCACCUGGGCAAGGACUACCCUCAGGGUUAUGAGUACUUUCGUCAACGACUCAAAACUGCGUUCCUCAAAAACAAAAGUGAGACUGACCCCGAGAAAAUAAAGGUCAUGAUCGCCCGUGGCAACUUCGUGGUGAAGGAGAUCGAGGCUCUGUACAUGUUGAGGAAGUAUCGGACCCUUAAGAGCAGAUACUAUUUGGAAGCUAACAAGGACAAAGCCAUGCCUGCCCCUGGAGACAAUCCCAGCUCGUACGGUUAUCAAUGAAAAGGUCGAUGCGCCUCUCUGGAUAAUUUCGCACACAGGAAUUUAAAAAAAAAAUCUUCAUGUUUUGCCACACUGUAGGACUGAUAUGUUAAUAUUGUAUUAAAUAAAUUAAAAAGAUGUUAUUUUAAUGUA